GGCGAGAACGUCCCCGCCAAUGUAGCGCAGCUUCAAGAGCAGGUUCGAAGAGAGGGUGAGCAAGCCCUUCGUUUCUACAUCCUGUUCCUGCUCGGCUUCAUGAGUGGAUUGGGGGCCGGCCAUGGUUCUCGAUUCCUGAACGCCAAGCGAGCCGAGAAUGUCAUCGAAGCCAUCCGCAUGCUGCAGCACCUGUUGAAAGCUACCCCGCGUGGCAUCUACUGGG